CACUUGAACCUCGGAACAGGCUCGUCGCGCCCGGCACGCCUUUCAUUCGCGAGGAUUCACUUUCGAUUAUUUAACAGGACUGUUACAUCGUCAUUCGCACUGUACUGUUACUUUACCUUAAAUAACGGUCGGGCAGUUAUAAAGUGAAUCAUAGCUCAAUGUGCGACUUAAAUGUGCGUGGAACGUUUAGAGUGUGAUAGCGCUUCUUACCUUAUAUAAAACAAUAAAAUGACCAUAACGACUAUUGAAUCGAUAAUUACGACUACAGAAAACAAAGUUAAACAAGAUACCAGGACCGUUGUUGUUUCCUGGUGGCGCUCAAACUGGACUAAGCUCGUAUCCGAGGUUGUCGCCACAUUCCUGUUGAUAUUUUUGGGAUGUGCGGGAUGCAUACCCAUAGACGGAUUCGACCCCAUGCCGGCCGUGUACGCGCCGCUCACAUUUGGAUUUGUUGUUCUGAUAAACGUGCAAACGUUCGGCCACAUUUCCGGGGCGCACAUGAACCCUUGCAUAACUUUACUUUCAAUAUUCUGGGGUAAGGUGUCAAUAGUGUUAGGAAUAAGCUACUUCAUAGCGCAGGUUCUGGGAUCUACGUUUGCGUCGUGGGUUUUGUCAAAUGUGUCACCGGUGGAUUUUGUUGCGGAGGGAGUGUGCGUGACGCAGCCGCACGUGCGGCUCGUCGCGUGGCAAGCUGUUAUUAUUGAGAUGGUGUUGACGUGUACACUUUGUUUAGUGACCAGUGCGCUUUGGGAUCCUGUUAAUGAGAAGAAUCAGGAAUCAUCAGCUAUCAAGUUUGGGCUGACUGUGGCGGGGUUGUCGUUCGCGGGCGGGCCACUGACCGGGGCCAGCAUGAACCCGGCGCGCACGCUGGGCCCGGCGCUAGUGGCAGGCAAGUGGGCCGCACAGUGGGUCUACUGGGUUGGACCGUUCCUUGGAACUUUUAUAGCUGGUUUAUAUAUGUUUAUAUGGCUCGAAAAACCGAAGAAAUCUUUUUAAAAUUAGGUAGGUAUUACAAUAAGUUUUACCAUAAUAUGAUAAUAUAUCUCAAAUAAAUAUAUGUUUUGUUUA